CUGGGGACGAGAGCGCGCCACUACCUCUGUCUUGGCGACACAGCCAGGAUCGGCUCGUCGAACGUUUUCCAUAACCUUCGUCCGAGUUUCGUCCUGCUGCACUUGAUUUGCAACUCGUAAAUUGCAUCCGAGGGAUACGGGGCGCCCGAAAUCGUAAAGCUUCCAGGGCGUGCGACGCGACGUGGAAAUAAAGUUCAAUGAAGCAAUGCUGCACGUUUGUUUAGUAUCGUUGUGACUUCAGGAAAAUAAUGGGUGUGGGCUCCUUUGCGAACGUCUUGGCUUGGAGAGGCGUCUCGCACUAGUUUAUGUAUGCUUGUAUACAUAUACUCAUAUAUUUGUGUGUGUGCGUUUGUUUGUGUGCGCGUGCGUGCGUGCGUGUGUGUGUGCGUGCACGACAGGAGUGCAAUGAGCGCCCUUGAAUUCACCGCCUCCCGUGGCAGAUGGGCGGCGCAGGCGGGCAGUGAAGACCUUGCUCCUGCGUCUAGGAGCAUGCCAGGGUCAACAGUACCUGGCAAGUAGGCAUUGCCUACCCGUCUCUUGCCCUUCAGAACGCCUCCCAAGGUUUGGAUUCUUGAUGUUCACGCUCCGAGCGGAGGCGACACCGGAAUAAGUGUUCCGAUGCAUUGAGGGUCACACACAAUGAAGUGAUUGAUGUAGCUACAGGUGGAAGUUGGUCUGCUCGCGUUAGGAUGUCUCUGCCGGCGGUUGCUGCACCUUCGCCCUGGCCACUUAACCUUGCAGUGGGCUGCGUUGCUCGCACCCCUCCUCCCUUGACCCCCGUAUGGCCACCCCUCGGCGGAUGAACAAAAGCACGGGUGUGUAAGGGCAACACUAUGACGGUUUCCACGUAAACACGCUUGCCUGGGGGACAGCACUCGCCUGGACUGGGGUGAUUAUGAUUGCAGGCGGCAGCGGACACAAGUGGGCCGGGGCCGGACACUUCACCAUUGCUCAUUUUAAUAUUGGUUAUAUCUGGUCAUACCACAGUUGAUUCGAACGUUUUUUUGUGUGCUGUUUCUACAGUGCGGGUGGCAGAUGAGAGACGAGCAGUGCUUUCACUUUUUCUGACUAACGCUCACAGACUAUCACCGGCCAGCCGCUGCUCUGUCCCUCGUUAUGGCACAAGUUUAUACCACUAGCGUUUUGACUGAAGCUGCCACCUCCACACUUGUGAAUGAAUCGAUACACAGGGUCCUGCGCUCUACUACCUCAUCGUCUCAGCCACCACCCCACCACCCUUCGAACUCACCCUUCUAACUCACCCUCAGACCUCACCCUCCCAACUCACCCUCAGACCUCACCCUUCUAACUCACCCUCAGACCUCACCCUCUGAACUUACCCUCCGACUCGGCCUUCGAACUCACCCACAACGAGAGUACUACAAACACUCGGGUGAUGUGCGCUUGCGUAGGCCUGCAAUCGUGCACGCAUCCGUAAGCCCACACAAUGCCAUGCGUAGGCCUACAGUUUCAAGAUGAAUCGGUGGUGCAGAGGGACUCAACUCCGGGUGUAAUGUAGUGCGUGAUGAAACGUCGUGUUGAUGAUCUAUCUGGUCGGGGAGAGGCAGUAUCAGGCAUUGUGAGUGCUGGGGGGGUUGCUAGUGGAAUUCCUCAGGGGGGCAGGGGCUCCUGGAGGACCUGGGGGGUUAGUGGGGCGCAAGGGAGCUAUGUUAGAGGACCUACAGUCACUCAACUGGGACCGCGUCCUGGACAGCCGAGUACGCCCGUAGCAAGUGCAGCAGCAGCUGCAGCUGUAGCAGUAGCAGCAGCAGGGACCCCUGUGCCUGGAGUGGUGCCUGUGCCAGCAACAACUGCUGCCCAAGGAGGCACUCCCACUUCCAUUGAACACCAGUCUCACAAUCCUACUCAUCAACCAGGUGAGAAAUCCUAAUCUAUGCAUUUAGAAAGUCAUGUGUGGACUCGCUUCCUGAGGG